UCGAAACUCAGAUCGAAAAGCAUGAUAUUGAAUAAUUGUGACUUUAUAUCAUGAUAAAUCAACGACAUGUUCUUCUAUAGUGCACUCGAACAUGAUCGAUGUGAAGUUUGAUGGAGAGAUAAUUUCCGGCGGAUAAGAGCAUGGACCCAGGAUAUGCGGCAGCAUAUAUGUGGCGGUGAAUGUCAAGAGCCAUAUGAAUCAUGUGAUGAAGGGGAACAAAAGCCUGGUAUCUUUGGCGAAAACGAAGCCUAUCUCGAUAUCAAUGAUGACGUUGUCAAUCAUGAUGAAAUGAGCAAGGUUGGCAUGCCUGUCCUUGCUUGCAUGAGGAAGGAGAUCAAAGCCAUUAUCGAACUAUGGCGACGACCAGAUAUCGCCAGCAGACAGGAACGUUUGCGAAGCUACCCGAAGACUUUGCUGCAUGAGAUGAUUCAUGCUUUUCUGAAAAUUUACACCUGCUUGUGCUUUAAGUGUUAUCACAAUAUACCAAGAACUAUCGGACAUACUGGAUAUGGCAUGCCGUGACAUAAAAUCGCCGACAACAUUGAAAGCUUUGUGAAAUAUAAAUUGAAUCUGGAGUUGGACCUGGAAAGACGAGCGUGUCUGGCUAUAGAGAUACAGGCCAGUGGCUUAGACAUGCGUGAU